AUGGUGCAUCAGCUUGUAGCCGUGCUGACGCUAUGGGCAGUCUACCCAGACUGCCAAGCAAUACGAACUGGGUACGAUGGCACCCAGGAACGGAGCUGUGUGCCGGCCACACCGCGCACAGAGCAGCCUGGCUCAUUUGCUCUCGAUUAUCAACAUGCCCGGAACGUGGACACAAUGCAGCGGUGGUCGUUGAAGACGACGAUGGCCUGCGAUGGCGAGGAAGCUUGCCAGGUUGCACUGACUCCAGAAAUUGACCCAGAUCAGCCCUUGCGCAGAUCACGAUUGCUGAUCAAUGUCUACGCAAAUUGCUCGCUGCAUGGCCAAGAGCUCUUCUUGUGCUCGCGCGGUUCACCUUGUGUUGCUUCUGUUCGUUUAGCCCGCCGGAAUUUCCGGCCGCGAGACCUAUUCGGCUUCAUGUUCGAUGGAACCAGGAUGCAGGUCCUUGACAACCGGCGGCUCGUCACGGAUGAAGUCCUUGAGGCGCUCCUCCUUGCCGAGAUCAUUGCCACCGCAGGGGCACUGCUGUGGUUCGCUUUCGAGCUGUUCAUGUCCUCAUCCCCAGCGAACAACGAUGCCAAGUUCUCUGCACCUGAUGCGAAGCUUCUAAUCCCAACGGCCUUCGACAUAAUGCUGGAAGGGCUGUUGGAUGCAUUGUGCUUCAUCUUCGGGUGUGUGCUUUGGUUGCUCGCGUGCUCGCAGUUCCUUCACAAGUAUGGAUCAGAGAGUCGGGUAGUUGACACCAUCAUCCUCUGUGUCCCCGUCAUCUUCGGUCCUGGAGCAUUACUGCGAAUCUUUCUGUCCAUGAUUCGUCGGCAGCUCUACUACGCUUUGCUUCGGCGUGGAGUCUUGCUGAAACUGGAGCAGAUCCCAUCAUCUCGCGAUCUCUUGCUGAUCUGGUCUUGUGUUGGCCUGAUUCUGGCUGUUUCUGCGGUGUUGCGAGGGCUAUUUCUGGCAGUCAAGACCGGACAAAUCCGAAGUAUCGAUGUGGUUGUGACCCAGCUGCUGGUAUUCAUAUCUCCACUCUACACCAUCAUCUCAGCGUUGCUUUAUUCUCUGGACAUGGAGUCUGUAUGUCUGAAGAGGAAGUGCACACUGGAACUGGAGGUUGCGGAAGAGAAGUUGACUGUAAGUACAGAUCAUGAGGUCACAGUCUUGUCAGAGCACCACUUCUGCGCAGCGGCAAGUACCGUGACGUCUGCGUCAGACCUUGUGAACCUGAGUGCCAGCGGGAAUAUCCCAGCUGAAGGCCAGAGCCUUCGACUUUCGGCGCGUGACAUGCGAUGGGCAAGUCGCCUUAUCAGCCAGACAUGCCUAGAACACCGCAUGGCGCUUGUGCUGUUCAUGCCGGUACUAGCCAUAUGCAUCUCGGCACUCAACCUAACCUCAACAGUGCUGUGCAUCAAGCACCGCAGUGAUAUGCCGCAGUUGUCCUCCCUAGAGUCGACAAUCGGUGAGCUCGUGCCAUCGUUAUCUCCGGAGCUACGAGAGUACACUCUGUACGUUGACAUCAUGCGCAGGGGCCUCUCAAUUGAGGCGGGCAUGGACCAAACACAGACCACAUCUCUGGAUGUCUCCAUUGCUGGAGACACCAGUCCACCGCACGUGUCCCGAUUUGAUCUGGGAAAUUUGCGAUCUGCCAAAGUUCGGCUCCAUCGUCCUCAUGCAGCGUAUCCCACUACCGUUGCAAUCACGGCGAAGACGCGGAUAGAGGAAGAGCACUAUCAGCUUCAGGUUGUGCAAAUCACAACGGUUCUUCGAACGCUGAUGCUGACGGGUGAGACCUCCGCUGGCAUGCAUUUCCGGCGCUGCGUUUUCGGGAAUUGGCUGUCCCAUGGCGAUCUUGCGAUACCUGGCAACCUUCAAAGCCUGCAGAUUGAGAUUACUUCCUCAAACAUCCCCUACGGCAUUCCGGUCAGCUCUGGGUUGGCCGACCGAUUUUCGACCGUGUACUUACCCAUGCAGCCGGGAGACUGCCAGCGGCACUGCGUUCAGCAGCGAGACUGCUUCGAGUCCAAGAUUGCCAGCACUAAAGGCUGCUUCUUCAUUUUUGGGCCGACUUCCUUGACCUGUGAACAAGUGCACAAAGAUGAGAGUCAAGGAUCACCUUUUCCCAUGAGCCUCGUGGCAGAGCUAUGCUCCAAGAACCGGGCGAACUGCACCUAUUUGAAGAAGCGAAGUUCGCCGCCACACUUGCUGACCGGCCUGCUCCGUGAUCUGAAUGGUUCCUUCUCAUUCAAGACUUACAUCAACUCCAGCGGCUCCGUGUUCCCCUUGAAGCGCAAUCAAAUGACGCUCUAUCAAGGCACACCACCUCCUAAGACAGUACUUGCUCAAGCCAGGACUGACUUGAAUGUUAAAGUGAAGAUUCGAAAGGACGAGACAGGCUUUCGAUUCGACCUGGUGCUAGCCUACGAUCCGACCCUCGCCAAGAUGCUGUGGAACAGCAGCGGCUUCGAUCUGAGCUUGGCAGCCAUUCUUGAAGAUACUCUUGUCUCUCUGCGGUGGGAGGAUGGCAUGGCAGAGAAGCCAGCAAAACCUCGAGUUGGGAAUGGUACGACCUUCGCGCAGUGCGAUGAUGCUUUCUACCUCCAUAGCUAUCAGGCCUGUGGAGGCCAUUUUGACUCACCAGUCACGACGAUCCGAGUUGACGCUUGGGCACCGGCUCGAUCUGUAUACGGACUUUUGAGUUCCCGCGCAGCGUGGCUGAAUGAGACCCGCAAAGUGGAGGUGAGAUUGACAACUGUGGACAAUUUAGAGCCGCUGCAGUCUUUGGCACGAAAGUCCUGCUCCAUGCCCACGUGUUUGGGUGGUUUCAACGAGUGCGUGACUGCUGCCCACUGCAACAAGAAGAGCUCAUGUUAUCAUUCAUGCGGUCAAGAAGCGUACCGCAACUGCAAUCGGCUCCGCGAGAAUGGGUCUCAGUUCGUCGCGUCCAUCUCAGAUUCUUACUCCAAUGGCAGGAUGGACCAGUACGCAAGGUUGGGCCUGGCAGCCGCCUUGGACCCAGAGCCAGGGAUGGCGAAACACUUCACCUACGAGGUGAUCAAGGAUGUUGCGGCUCACUGUGGGAUCAAGACCGGGAUGCUGCACCUCGUGUUCCGGAAGCUCCGGUCAUUCCAGCAAAGUCCGCAGAAAGCUCGCGCCAUGCAGCUUUUCCAGCGCCUCUCCGUGAAUCCCGAUUUUCAGGAGAAGCAGAGGGUCUCGAAGAGUCCAAUUCUUGCUCCGCUGAAGAGCAUCUUGCCCACAUCCUGGAUGUCCCUUAAAGAAAUCAUGCUCUACUCCUCGGACCUCGCACAGAUGCAGUAUGCCUUCUGCAUGAAUGCACCAGUAAGCCAGGACGCAGGGAGUAUACUGGCGGCUCUACUUGAUAAGAUUGCCGCAGCCGGAUAUGUCAAUGCGUACAAGGAGAAAGCCAACUGGCAGCACACAAUGUCAUCCUUGAUUCAGUGCAUGCAGGACAAGAAAAGGACGCCUGUUCCGCCCGGAUCAUGCAGAAGUGACCAUGACUUGGAGCGCCCUUCGCUCUUUCGUAUAGCACCGGAUCCUCAUGUCUUCGAGCUCCUGCUUCCAUUCUGUGAUGUCUCCAAGUCCGUUGAAGUGGAUGGGAGCACGGUGCUCCACCUGGCGGCACAGAAGAAUUGGUCACAGAGCAUAGAAGCCGUUCUGCAGCGCCACCUCGUCCCUGACAUUGACAGUACACGUACCAUCAGAUUCAGCACUAAGUCAGCCUACGAAAAUGUCACGAUGUAUAAUGUCACAGCGCUGCAUGAUGCAGUGCAAUCCUCGUGCACAGCUUGUACGGCUGACUUGCUGAUUGCUGGUGCGGCGGUGAACCAUACCACAGAAAUCGUUGCCAGCAUCGGCACCAGCUUCAUCCCGGUGGGCAUUUCGACUUUGGGCUACGAAGAGCACGACGGCUCGCUAGGCAACCUGUCACCACUGCACCUGGCUUGUGCAAGCGGUUGCGUCGGUUGUGUAAGGAUCUUGCUAGACGCGCGUGCCGACAUCAACGCAGAGAGUAUUCUGGCGGAUGCGGAUGUAGUAUAUGGAAAGCACAGCAGUCGCAGAGAGGUGAACAACAGGGACAGCUGCACGUUGCGUCCGCUGGAUAUUGCCAUAAGCUACUGCAAGCAGUGUGCCUGGGAGCUCGUGCGCGCCGGUGCGGCAAAGGAGCACAUUGUCGUGCCGAACAACAAAGUCUGGAGCAGGAGCAUUAAGAGAGUUCAUUCCCCUCAUGAGUUGUACUCGCUGGUCCCUGAAGCGGAGGUACGCGUCUGUGAGAACUGGCUCUUUGAUCGGAAGCUUGCCACUUCGGUCAAAAUCCUUGCUUCCAUGAAGACAGCUCUUGGCAUCGGGGGGCAGAAAAUUUGA